AUAUGUAUACUAAAAUAAAACUGUAGCACUGUUGUUCCAGCGCCCAGCCACCUGGUGUACAGCAACCGUUCACACACACUCUAUCGCCUCAAUAGGCUACAGGCCGCGCUAGAAUCUGCCGAGGCCGCCAUCAAGCUGAGGCCGCACUGGGUCAAGGGCCACUAUCGAAGGGCUGUGGUCAUGUCGGCCAUGGGACAACAUGAGGAGGCCUUCGUCUCCUUCGCCCUCUGCGUUGCAUUAGAUUCCAAUGGAGAGAUCAUGCGCAAUGAGCUCACCAGGUCACUGAAGAGGCUCCUGGUGCCCAGCUCGUGUGGUCGCCGCUUGUGUGUCAAGACAAGAUGGAACUCGCCCUACUUCUCGCCCUCACAUUUCCUACCCACCGUUAACUCAAGCGAUUGCGAGGAUAAUUCUAGUGGUGAGGACGAGUAUCAGAUGCAAAAGAAGACUGUUCCUAAAGUGCAAGUCAAUAGAAGAUUACAUAAAGUUUUUGAUAGGAUACUACAAGAAGUCAGUAGAUUAAAACGGCUGGAACGGAAGCCUGUACAGCUGCAGAUCGACGAGAAGGCUGUGGACCCCACGGACUUUGAUUGUAUCUUGUGUUGUCGCACUCUAUGGCAGCCAGUCACCACUCCAUGCGGACACUCCUACUGUGUCGUUUGUCUGGAACGCAGUCUUGACUACAGUUCCUCUUGCCCCCUCUGCAUGACCUCACUCACCAAUUUUGUCGGAACCCACACCAAGAGUGUGACGCGGUGGUUGGAGGAAGCACUGAUGAUUGGACUGCCCGAUAUCUAUAGUACUCGCCUGCUCACUUACCGCCAGGAAAUAGAUGAGUUGGAACGUUCCACGGAGGUACCAGUGUUCGUCUGCACCACAGCAUAUCCCACAGUGCCUUGUCCACUUUUCAUCUAUGAGCCACGCUACCGAGGCAUGAUACGCCGCUGCGUUGAGUCUGGAAGUCGGCAGUUUGCCAUUUCUGCUUGUACUUUACCCACCAAGCAGACUGUCUCUGGUAACCCACCACCUCUGCGAGCCAGAUUUGCUGACUACGGAACCAUGCUGAAGAUCGAGGACUGGGUUCUGCUGCCAGACGGUUGCUCAAUACUGACCACAGUAGGAGUGCGGCGGUUCCAGGUACUGUCCAGAUCAGAGAAGGACGGUUACGACACGGCCCAGGUCAGGUUCAUCGUAGACACUCCUAUCCCUGAACAUCAGCUGAAAGAUAUACAAAUGCUACAUGCCAGAGUGCUCACCAAGGGCCGGUGGUGGUACAGCAAGAUGCCUCCGAGGCUGCAGAAUGAAAUCUACUGCACACUGGGUGAGAUGCCAGAACCUGAGGCGGACUGGACCACUCUGGACGAUGGACCUGCUUGGCUGUGGUGGCUGCUGGCUAUUCUUCCCCUCAGCAAGUCACUCCAGAUUGCCAUCUUGAGCAUCACCAGCCUAGGAAAGCGGUUGAGAGCGAUAGAGAAGACUCUGGAUCAUCUAGCAGCUAAUUCGGAGGCCAUGGUUCUUGCCGGGGUUUCUCCUAGAAUAACAACUUCUGCUGCCGUCUCAUGAUCUUCUCUCCCCACCACUAACUCGUGUAUACGUACUAUAGCUUUCCAAAGAAUAUUUGGUACAACUUUACGAUAAUUGUGUUGCUAUACUGUAAAGAAUUUUAAUUAUGAUCCAAAUCGGAAUAUGCAAACUUUAGAACAGCUUUUACCUCUUCGUAGUAAAUUUUCUAUGACCAUAAAUUAAUAUAUAAGAAUAGUUGAAACACUCCAAGAUUAAUGUUUAUUUUCUAUUAUUAUAUUUGAUUUUUUCGCUUAUGGAAUUAUGUCUUGGUUAGUAAGAAAGUCGCUCAUGCUCUAUAUCCUUUAAUAUCAGAUUUUAAUAUAAUUUUUUACAAUUUCAAAAAUGACAUUGUUCUUGUAAUGAAGCUGAUAUCACACCAGUAACUUCGGUGCCGAUAUUUACAGCUUUUAACAUAGCAAAUCAAAUCAAUUAAAAUCAUCUUUAAAUUUACAAGUGUUUAUCUUGGCAUUUCGGUUAGAAGUAUGUAGCCCAACAUCAGCUGUGCUUAUCAAAAUUUAAGGCUAUUCACUGGUAAAGUUUUAAUGUUAUAGAAAAUAAUUUAGCUUGAACAUAACUAAUAGUAACUAUUAAUGUAUUCAACUGUCAAUAGGAGAUUGGUACAAGCAUUUUUCAGUUAUACGAAAAUAUUAGGCAUUUUCAAUAACCUUUCAAUUGAUCAUGUAAAGUUUUUUUUUUUAUCAACAAUACAGUAGUUUGUGUUGAUUAUGAAAAUUAUAUUUAGCUCAGAAUUUAACAGUUUUAACAAAAUGUUUGUUUUAUUCAGUCAACAAAAAUAUGACAUUUUCCUUAUUCAAUACUUUUACAAUAACAGAAAAAAGUAACAAAAAAUUUUAUUUUAUUUUUUAAAGUUCAUUACAAUAUACGAACACAAUGUUGUACCUUAAAUAAGUAUAUACUGUACAGUUAUGUAUAUACUGUAUUCGACUUAAUGGCUGUAAUAAUUUUGACGUGAUGAAUGGCACAACAUGGUCAUUGCGAGUCAAGUAAAUGUAAUAUAUUGCGAGUCAUUAUUACUUUAAGGUUGCCAAUAAAUUAAUUGUAAUUAUGUUUUAUUUUAAAAGACAAACAACUUCUUUCAAACCACUACAUGUUGUUUUUCCCCUACAUUUAAUAGUUAUCAAGUUUCUUGUUAUAUUGUAUUUUAUAUGUAGAUACUACCAGGAGGAGUUAAUAAAUUUACAUUAUUAUGAUUUUUAUAACUUUUCUAGUUGAACUUUAAAUUGAACUGGUAGUAAGAAUGUAGUGAGUUUGAAAGAACAAUAGGCCAUUAUGAUUAUUUUAAUUUAAAUUAUUUAUUUAUUUUAUUUAAUUAAUAUUACUGAUAGUUCUUUUAUGUAUUAAGUGUUAACUACUUUUCUACUCUUUUUUAGUUUUUCAAAAUUAGUUUUCCGAGUUCAUUCUAUUUUUUCUCAAGUUUCCUCUUUUGUUUGUUAAAUUUUAAAAAAGCACAAAUAUUAUAGAUUGAUAUAUUUUUCAAACAUAGUGGAGCAUAAUAUUAAGUUACAUUAGUUAUGUAGUUUUAUUAGUAAGUCAACAAUAUUCCUAAUUUAAUUAGGAAUAAUUCUCGGAUCUGCUGGAAGGCUUAUUUAGUUAUAUAUCAUUAGUUAGUUUAGAUACUAGUUCUUAGACUAGAUUAGUAUAAUCAAAACAUUGUUUUAGUAACUAUGUUGUUAUUAUGAGUGACAGACUGGAUUUAUUUACAUUACAGGGGAAUUUUUGCAACAAAUAAAUUGUGGGCCGGGCCUUCAAAUCCACAAUUUUUUUGUAUUUGUCCCACUGUGAUAUAAAUGGUGCUCUGAAAUAAACAUUGUGAUCACAUAAACUGUAAUUUUGUGUACAGACAACUGUAUACAUAAAUGAUAAAAUUUUUGGUAAUGGUGUGGAACUUACCAAAAAAUGGUUGGUAAUAGUCCAAUACCAUUAAUCUUUGUACUAACUAGAUUUAAAAAACUGCACUUGUUUAUAAAAUAAUAAUUUGUUUGGCCUAGUUUGCUUCUUUUUCAUGUAAAAAAAUGGUGAAAUAUUGUAAAUAAAUAUUUAUAUAUUUGUGUGUACUAAAUGUGGAUAAAAUGUUUUUCUUCUUUAAUUUAGGGUCUAAUUGGAGCUUGUUUUUGUUGGAAUCCGGGCCUUUGUAAUUCCAACAUGAACAUAGUUUUUAUCAUUUUAAUAGUAUAUUGGAAUGCCAAUUAUAAAUGUACAGUGAUUUGGUUUAGUAUCAAAUAGCAUGAUGUAAUUAAGAAGUGUCAUUAUAAAACAUUAACCCUGGCUCUACAUAUAUUUUUGUUUCGAUGGCACUUCUUUUAAACUUAUGGAAGAAAAAAUGUACUUGAAUUAUUUAAACUCAAAACUAUAUUUAUUUACUCAUUUCCCUAGUUUAAGUUAUUUACUUAUAUUUUACGAUUAAUAAUGAAUGAUGCCAUAAUGCUAUAAGAGUAGAAUUAAUUUAGUUACUCAGGCUCCACUAUGUUUGAGAUGCAUAGUUAAAAUUAUUUGGGAAAUACAUUUUCUAACAAUGUUUAUAUUAUUUUGGAACCAUAGUGGUUUAUAUAAACUGGAUUGGUUAACAUUUUGUAUCAGUUAUCUAUUUAUUACUAGUCUGUUACCUCGGGUGUGAAUUCUCAAGCACCCCUGCCACCUUGCCGCACAACUGUGUGAUAAUAAACAGUAUCAUUAUAAAUAA